CAGUUUUGAUGGGGUGAAAAAGUAAAGAUUCUGUAAAAGACGUCGUAAUCAGCCUGGUGCGCUCUGGUCUCGGACUACCACUGGCAUCGACUCGGACAAAAGCAAAGAAACGUACAAAUUUAGUUCAUAUCGAUAUAUUCCAGGAAGUUUCCUUGUUCUCAAACUUUAAAACAUUGCUGCCUCUAACCCUUUGAUUAACUUAAGUUCCUUCUUCUAUUUUGCUGAUAUUUUCCUGCUAUAACUCGUGGAGCAGAUUAAGUAUACGGUCGCAUUGCCAUAAAAUGAAGUUCGGGAAGGAAUUUGCUGCUCAAAUGGUGCCUGAAUGGCAGGAAGCGUACGUUGAUUACCGUUCGUUGAAGACAUUAUUGAAACAAAUCGAUCGUAUGAAACAAAAGACUCAGCAACCAGAUACCCCGACUCAUCUUCAACGAGCUUUAACGCUUUAUAGAAGCUUUAGCGGUUUGAAUCGCACACAAAACAGAUGUGCGACUUCUUUCGACAAUCACGAUGUUGAAAACCAAACGAUUCUUGUGAAUUCUGUGCAACGAAAUGGCUCGGGGAAGUAUGAGACCACUUUUCUUAUGGUUACAGAAGAAGGGGCUGAAUACGAGCAAGAGUUCUUUAAAAAGCUUGAUGACGAGUUAAAUAAAGUUGACAAGUUUUAUAGGUAUAAGGUGAAGGAAGUAAUAGCUGAAUCUGAAGCACUCACCAAUCAAAUGAAUGCUUUAAUUGCUUUUCGGAUAAAAGCUGAUAAAUUAGAAGAGAAAUUUGAUGUUUCUGGUUCUGGUGACGAAAUCGUGAUUCCCAUGAAUGAAUUACAAGGCACAACUGAUGUUAAACAAUCCAAUAAUGGGUGUCAAGAGAUUCAAGAAGAAGACCCCAGGAAAGUUCCCAGUAUUAGACUUGCUCCACUAGAAGUGUUAAAUCAUAUGAAGUUGAAUCAAGCUACUUCCCCAGCUGCUACUUUUAACUGUGUUAGCAAUACUAAGGAGACGCAAAUGAAUUUCAGCAGGGACAAUCUGAAGAAAAUCCAAAACCAAUUGAAACAUGCCUUCAUUGAAUUUUAUUACAAGCUUCGGCUUCUCAAGAACUACAGCUUCUUGAAUGUGAUGGCAUUCUCUAAAAUCUUGAAGAAAUACGAUAAGAUGACAUCGAGAAGAGCAUCCAAGUAUUAUAUGAGGACAGUGGAUGAUACUUAUCUAGGCAACUCUGAUGAGGUAACAAAGCUAAUGGAGAGGGUUGAAGUCACAUUCAUCAAACAUUUUUCCAACUCAAACAGAAGUAAAGGCAUGAACAAGUUGAGACCAAAAUCAAAGAAAGAAAGGCAUGCUACAUCAUUUGGUACAGGCUUCUUCGCUGGCUGCACUGUGGCACUCAUACUGGCGCUGAUACUGAUCGUGCAUGCUCGCAAUAUCCUUGCUAAGGAAGGAAGAGCUCAGUAUAUGCAAAUCAUGAUCCCACUAUACAGUUUAUUUGGUUUCAUAGUUCUGCAUAUGCUUAUGCAUGCCGUAAAUAUAUACUUUUGGAGGAAAUACAGAGUUAAUUAUUCAUUCAUAUUUGGCUUCAAGCAAGGAACAGAGCUGGGAUUUCGAGAAGUUCUUCUCUUGAGCUUCGGUCUCGGGACUCUAGCACUCAUUAGCGUGGUCUCCAACCUGGACAUGGAAAUGGACCCUCAAACUGGAGAUUACAAAGCUCUGACUGAACUUCUUCCUUUAAGCUUGCUUUUGCUUGUGGUAAUUGUGUUAUUCUGUCCUUUCAACAUCCUUUAUCGCUCAAGCCGCUUCUUUCUGCUCAGAACUCUGUUUUGUUGCAUAUGCGCUCCUUUCUACAUGGUCAGAUUUCAAGAUUUUUACUUGGCGGAUCAGCUUACUAGUCAGGUACAAGCAUUCAGAAGCUUGGAAUAUUAUGUCUGUCAUUAUGGUUGGGGAGAUUUCAAACGCAGACAAAACGCAUGCUUUUCAAACGACUUAUUCAACAGUUUUUAUUUCAUCGUCGCUGUAAUCCCCCACUGGUCUCGUCUCCUUCAGUGUGUACGAAGGUUCCAUGAUGGGAAAGAUUCAAUACAAGCAUUGAACGGAUUGAAGUACUUUCUGACAAUAGUUGCUGUGUGUAUGAGGACUGCUUAUGGCCUCGACAGGGGAACCAGUUGGGAAGCAUUAGCUUGGAUGUUCUCAGUCAUGGCUGCUAUCUAUGGUACUUACUGGGACCUUGCUGUCGACUGGGGGCUUCUUCAAAGGCAGUCCAAGAACCGCUGGUUGAGGGACAAGCUUCUCAUACCAUACAAAAGUGUAUAUUUAGGAGCAAUGGUUUUGAACGUGUUGCUGAGAUUUGCGUGGUUGCAAACUGUGUUGAAUCUGAAUUUGUCGUUGCAUAGAGAAACAUUGAUUGCUAUUGUUGCCAGUCUCGAGAUUAUUCGUCGUGGCAUUUGGAAUUUCUUCAGAUUGGAGAAUGAACAUUUGAAUAAUGUGGGCAAAUUUCGUGCAUUUAAAUCGGUGCCACUGCCUUUCUACAGUGAUGACGAUGAAGACCAGACGGAUUAGAUAGAUUGCUGCAAAUAUCAGGGGAUAAGAUCGUAAGACUCAAGACUGUACAGAAAGCCCCGAGUUUUCUUUUUUCCCACUUCUCAUUUUAAAAGAUAUGGUAGAGGAAGACGGGAAAAGAACUGCACAUUGCUGCGAAAUUAACUCUUUUUUUGUUCCAAGUUUGAGAAUAUUGUACAUCAAGAAAAAAAUUUAGGAGUGAAUAUAAAAGAUAGUUUUCUUUCAA